CAUUGUUUACAGAUAGUAACAGCAUCUCUCCCAACAGACGAAGUUGCUUUGAAAUGGCAACAACAGCUUCAAAAUUGCAGGUUCUAAGAUCUUUGAUUAAAGAGCUUCGCAACUCUCUUCAAGGGCAUGAAAGAGUCCAUCAUUCACCAGCUUUUACAUACAUAAUGGAUAACUAUCGCCGUAAUGCCAUUACUGACCAACAGUAUUGCCGUGAGCAGGAGGAGAUGACUCACCUUGCCCAUACCUGUGCUACUUACCUGAAAUCAAACCGAAAGUACCAAGAACUUCAUGCUGAAUACCAUGGCCGUGGCGAGAGGACUGUGAAGGAAACAGCUGAUUUAGUGGGAUUUAAACUUCCCCAUGAUCCACGUUGAUAAAAAUUUUGUGCAAAUAUAUGUAUAUAAAUUUGGAUUCAAUCCCUUAAUAUAAAGAUUUGUAUUAUAUGUAAAUUAAAGGAAACAGUAUCAA